CUCAGCUUGACGUUCCCUUCCAGAGAGAACACCAAGCUUUACCUCUGAACUCCUCCUCCUUCUCCUUCUCUUCUCUUCUCUUCCAUUUCAUCUUUUCUUUUGUUUCCCUCCACCACCAUGCAGGCUCUUUUACCACCCAAUUAUCUCCUCAAGCCCUACAUUCCCCUCCCGUCUCGGGUCGGGCCGACCCGCCUCACCGUCCAAUGCGCCUACCGCUCCGACUCCCUCAACUUCCACAGCUCCGUCGGCUCCACCCGAUCCGACUGGCAGAGCUCCUGCGCCAUUCUCGCCAGCAAGGUCGUCUCCUCCCAGGAGCAGCCCGCUGAAAAAUCCGGAAGCGCCGACCACGUCGCCGCGGUCAACGGCCACAAGACCUCCGUUGACCUCGACCUCGUCCCCAUCGAGAAGCUCUCCUCCACCGAUGACAAGCCGGCCUCCCCUCCCGCCAAGGCCCUCACCAUCGCCGACCUCUCCCCGGCGCCUAUGCACGGCGCCCAGCUGCGCGUGGCUUACCAGGGCGUUCCCGGCGCGUACUCCGAGGCCGCCGCCGGUAAGGCCUACCCCAACUGCGAGGCCAUUCCCUGCGAUCAAUUCGAAGUCGCUUUCCAGGCAGUGGAGCUCUGGAUCGCCGACCGGGCCGUUUUGCCGAUUGAAAACUCCCUCGGCGGCUCAAUCCACCGGAAUUACGAUCUUCUCCUCCGCCACCGCCUCCACAUCGUCGGCGAGGUCCAGUUACCCGUCCACCACUGCCUGUUAGCACUCCCGGGGGUCCGAAAAGACUACUUGACCCGAGUCAUCUCCCACCCGCAGGCCCUGGCCCAGUGCGAGCUCACUCUCACCAAGCUCGGCCUCAACGUCGCGCGCGAGGCAGUCGACGACACCGCCGGCGCCGCGGAGUUCAUCGCCGCCAACAACCUCCGCGACACGGCCGCAAUCGCCAGCGCACGCGCCGCCGAUCUGUACGGGCUGAACAUCCUGGCCGACGGGAUCCAGGACGACUCGAGCAACGUGACCCGGUUCGUGAUGCUGGCCCGGGAGCCGAUAAUUCCCCGGACGGACCGGCCGUUCAAGACGAGCAUAGUCUUCGCGCACGACAAAGGGACGUCGGUGCUGUUCAAGGUGCUAUCGGCGUUCGCGUUCAGGAACAUAAGCUUGACGAAGAUCGAGUCGCGGCCGCACCGGAACCGUCCGAUCAGACUGGUGAACGACUCGAACGAAGGGACGGCGAAGCACUUCGAGUACUUGUUCUACGUGGACUUCGAGGCCUCCAUGGCGGAGGUUAGGGCACAGAAUGCGUUGGCGGAGGUCCAGGAGUUCACGUCUUUCUUGAGGGUCCUUGGAAGCUACCCUAUGGAUAUGACCCCUUGGAGCCCUUCGCGGGGUGACUAGCAACGCAAUUUGUUUAUUUAUUAGGCCCAUCUGCGCAAAUUAUUUUUAUUACCAUACAGAAGGACCGAGGGGAAAAUUAAUUUCGAUUUUCUCAUUCACUUUGUUUCUUUAUUUUUAUUUUUAUUUUAAUGGACUCUCACAGCCAUAAAAUCCACCAACAAGGGAUAAAGAAUUUGGAAUUUGUUGUUGGGUAAAUAUAUUUAUUUUAAGUACAUUUUUUAGUGGAAGAAAUUGUGGGAGUUGCUCUACCUGUAAGAAAUGUAAAUAAUCAAGUCUACAUGAUGGUUUCAAUCCGUUUGUAUAUGAUAUUGAGAAGAUUUUGGUUC